CUGGCGGGUCCUACGCCUAUCGUCAGAGCCUUACUCUGUAAGCCAUCCGUUUCUGGAGGAGUCAUUGUAAUUGGAGGCUGUGAAUUGGAUGUUCCACAGUCAUCUCAAGCAUCACUAAUUCCUUCAGAGAAUUCGGUGACAAAAAUCAUAGAGAAGCGUGUUCGUGACUACUUCAACAACGAUGGUGACAUUGAACUGGAAGGAUUCAUUCUGCACUACAGUGUCUCGUUAGAUGGUCCAUGUCCACUGAUAUACGCUUGCGUAGCCAGUCCUCUGUUUGGCUCAAAGAAUGCGCAUACAUUUCUCAAUACAGUCAAGGUAUGGACUGUGCUUAUCGAUUUUUGGGAAUCUUCCGCGAAGCGGUUUUUUACCAUUCCACUCCCCUCGCUGUACAUAUAUUACACACAAUAG